CCUUAACCGCCCACGGCCCCGGAGCGUAGAUCUCGCGAGGCUUGGGCGCUGCGGCGGUAGGAGGAGGACGGAGAAGGACGGAGCCUAGCUGUUGCUGCCUCCCUCGCUCACUCCCUCGCGCACUCGCCCGCCCCCUCCCUCCCUCCCCUCCCUUCCCCGGCCCCGGCCCCGGCCCCGGCUCUGGCCCCGGCCCAUUCGCUGUUCGGUCUUCCGCAGGGAGGAUGUCGGGCUCGUCGCUUCCCAGCGCCUUGGCCCUCUCGCUGUUGCUGGUCUCUGGCUCCCUCCUCCCAGGGCCAGGCGCCGCUCAGAACGCUGGGUUUGUCAAGUCGCCCAUGUCAGAAACUAAGCUCACUGGGGACGCCUUUGAGCUGUACUGUGACGUGGUCGGGAGCCCCACGCCAGAGAUCCAGUGGUGGUACGCAGAAGUCAACCGGGCAGAGUCUUUCAGACAGCUGUGGGACGGUGCUCGGAAGCGCCGUGUCACCGUAAACACCGCCUACGGGUCAAACGGCGUAAGUGUGCUGAGAAUAACCCGGCUCACCUUGGAGGACUCUGGGACUUACGAGUGCAGGGCCAGCAACGACCCCAAGAGGAAUGACUUGAGGCAAAACCCCUCCAUAACAUGGAUUCGAGCCCAGGCCACCAUAAGCGUCCUUCAGAAGCCAAGGAUUGUCACCAGUGAAGAGGUCAUUCUUCGAGACAGCCCUGUUCUCCCCGUCACCCUGCAGUGUAACCUCACCUCCAACUCUCACACCCUUACAUACAGCUACUGGACAAAAAAUGGGGUUGAACUGACUGCCACUCGCAAGAAUGCCAGCAACAUGGAAUACAGGAUCAAUAAGCCGAGAGCUGAGGAUUCAGGCGAAUACCACUGUGUAUAUCACUUUGUCAGUGCUCCUAAAGCAAAUGCCACCAUUGAAGUGAAAGCUGCUCCUGACAUCACUGGCCAUAAACGGAGUGAGAAUAAGAAUGAAGGGCAAGAUGCCAUGAUGUAUUGCAAGUCAGUUGGCUACCCGCAUCCCGACUGGAUAUGGCGCAAGAAGAAGAAUGGUAUGCCAAUGGACAUUGUCAAUACCUCCGGCCGCUUCUUCAUUAUCAACAAGGAGAAUUACACUGAGCUGAGCAUCGUGGGUCUCCAGAUCACAGAAGACCCUGGCGAGUAUGAAUGUAAUGCUACCAACUCCAUCGGUUCCGCCUCCGUUGUCACCAUCCUCAGGGUACGGAGCCACCUGGCCCCUCUCUGGCCUUUUUUGGGAAUUCUGGCUGAAAUCAUCAUCCUUGUGGUGAUCAUUGUUGUGUAUGAGAAGAGGAAGAGGCCAGAUGAAGUUCCUGACGCCAGCGCGGUCCAGGCUCCAUUCUCCACAUCCCUGCCUUGCUCCAGCAUUUCCGCACCAGAGUUUUCUCCUUUGUCUGCUGCCUCCUCUCCAACUCCUCCCUGCUCCUAUGCCCCUUCAUUUCUUGUCCCCCUGGAAUUAAUCAUUAAAGAAAAAAAAAAAAGUCGAUUGUUCUUCAGUGAGUUUUCCUUGUGCUGUAGCUUUUUUCCAGCUAGUUUCCCCUCAACUCCUGCGCAGUCCCAUGUACGGGCCGCCCCCUUAUAUGCUUUCUCCCCACACAGUCCUCCCCAAGCCUACACGUAGACAGAUGCAUGCACCCCUGUGUGGAAUGAAGGAAGAGGGACUGCCUAUCUGAUACAAACUGGAGUUGUAGAGGUGAUGAGUUUGUGUCAGAUAACCGUCUGUGGAGCUGUUGACUUAUUUAUGACAUAGUGAAAAUGGAUUUUUUUUUUAAUAUGCCUGACAUGCUUUCUCUGCCAAAAUAGGUACUUUACUAUCAGAGUAGAUGUAUGAUUUCUGAGUCACUGAACUUUUUUUUGUAUGAGACAAUUUCAUGUAAAACUCACAAUAUUCCUAUUUGGGCAGUCUGAGCUCUUAAGACACUCAGCCCCUUACCAGAAAAGCACUAAGGGAACAAUUUAAACAAUUUAAAACUGUACACAUGCACAAAUUCGAACUUAGAGAGUUUCGUCCGAGUAUAUUUCCCCAGAAAAGUAAAUACUGUUUCAGAUUUCUCACAUAGGAAAUGCUUAGAGUUAAGGUUUAGUGGUUUUCAGCAGAAGAAAACCAAAAGAUCUCUGUCUUUGUCUCGAGUUGACUCUGUCUACUAGAGUCUACCCAGGACACUUUAUUUUUAAAGAUUUUAUCUAUUUGUCAGAGAGUGUGUACAAGCAGGGGGAGCGGCAGGCAGAGAGAGAAGCAAAACUCCCCACUGGCAGGAGCCCAAUGCAGGGACUUGAUCCCAGGACCCUGGGUUCAUGACCUGAGCCAAAGGCAGGUGCUUACCUGACUGAGCCACCCAGGCGCCUCUACUCAGGGCAUUUUACAAGCAAAAUGCACGCUAAGUCCCUUUAAGCCCCUGCUGUGGUGUGUUUGAGGAUCGAUGCCCAAUAGGUUGUCUUACAGGUAGAUUAUCUGCAUAUCGCCUUUUACCUUCAGUGUUUUCAGUUAACAGAUGAAUCAUGGGGUCAAAUCAGAGUUUUCGUUUUUUCACUUUACUCACUUCUUGACUACAUUCUCUGAAAAUGUUAAAUAGUAAUUAUCUAAAAAGAGUAGGUCGAGCCGGCAUCCUCUUAGCCUUCUAUCCGUCCUACAGCUCACAUGCUUGGAGCACACCUUCCGUGUCGGUUCUCUGCUGACGGAACCCAGGGAGGGAUUAGUGUGCGCGCGAAUAUGCUUCAAGUCUGUCUUCCCCAGUCACCUGGGGAGAUGUGGUGCGAGCCUGCCUCAUUGUUGGGGCCUUCAGUUCUACUGGACAUUUAGUGACCUCGAAUGAAAACAAGAAGAGCUGAUUUAAGAGAAGUGGCAGCAUCAGAGAGUUUUCUGUUUUCACAUUCAGGGGACAAUUUUUAUUAGCAGUUCAAAGGGACUCCUCCUUAAGUUACUGGUGGAGAAGAUAGUUGGGGGCUUAGGGGGACCAUUUUUAGUGGCUAUGAUACAUUCAAAAUCUUUUAGACACUUUACAAAUAAGAGCUUUUCUUAUGUUUGAAAAAUCUGUUAGUUGGGAACAUCUGAAGCUUUUCAGCUGGCUGGGAAUGCUGGAAAAGAAAUGUGACUUUUUAAAAUCGUCUCCUAUCUAGGGGUCAUCUGAGUCAGUAACAAGUUACCUUGUGGAGAGAAUACAGUAGGACUAAAUAUGAAAGGCAACUGGAUGUGAUCGUUAAUCUCUCUGGUUUAAUGCUGCUCUAUGGAGAUGAGGCAAGAUUUAAGCAGGUUUAGGAACUAGAAAAAUCCAUCCUCAGUGAGAGGAAGGCAGUGAAAAAGCUUUGACUAGAUAUCAACUCUUGGUCACUUUGACUGAAAAGCCAUCUUUUUCGAGGUGGUGCCCUAUCAGGUAACGCGUUGUGUACUGGGCAUCGCAGAGCACCUUCCAGACGGUGAGGCGAUGGGAUCUGGCGGAGUGAGCGCCAUAGCACAACUAGUUGGGAAGAUGGCAGUUCCACCAGGAACUUCACUCUCCUCAGACGGAUUCCAGAAGCAUCUUGUUCCCUUUCUCCCCAGUCCUCUUCCUCCCAUCUAGCCAGUGGCUGUGAGUAAUCCCAGGCGAAGAGGAGAGCCAGUUUAAGCCGCUAUCUUUUGGCCUGAGGGUUUGGGGGUAUGUUGAUAUUUGUCGGUUACUAUGACUUCUUUUUUUUCCCCCCUCAAUUGCAUCAAACCCUUAAAACAUGGUGGUAAGUGAGCGAUAUGCAUGCUUUUGGAGUUUGUUUAAUCUCCGCUUCAGUCUAUACGAUGCACAGUUCAUAAUGUUAACACUUUACUUCAAGUUUACUUCAUUCACUUUCACAACUAAUUUGGAUUUCAGUUUGCUGUUUAAUCCUCAUUUACUUUUUGAUUUUCGUACCUUUUCUUCUGUAGUUCUGUGCUUUCCUCUCUCCUGACUUCCCUGUUAGGGUCAGGUUGUUUUUUUUUUUUGUUUGUUUUGUUUUUUGUUUUGUUUUGUUUUGUUUUGUCUGACCCGUGAAGGGAGAGUUGUGCUGCAGACAGUGAUUCAGUCCAGGACAGUAGGAGACAUGAGACUGUUUUCUGGGUUCCUUGUAAAUGUGCAUUGGGGGGAGAGACGAUGCGAGAUCCAGACACUAGUGUGAGCAGCACCUGCUCCCACCUGCAGGCAUGGCAGCUGCACCAGAGCCGCUGUUGCUAAAACCUCUACAUGCAGCCCUUUGCACGGUACCAGCUUGUUGGGCUGGAAGAUGACGUCACUGGGCAGACAGCAGGGCCUCCCCCUCUGCCACCAAAGGAAAGCAAAGCUUGCGUGUAAAGUGCCUGGGUCAGUGUGGACAGUGUCAUGCUUUGAGGAGAUUAGCUUGGCUAUCGCGAGUCUCCCUUCCCUGCUUUUUCUUUUCAUGCUGGGUGUAGAUUGGUGAUAUUCUAGUCAGUUAUCUUGCUCUAGAAUUUUCUGUUUUCCGGUGCACAGCUAAAGCACUGAAACUAUUCUAAGUUUGCUCCUGGGUCUUUUCCUUUAAGUUCCUGAAGUGCUUAGUUCCUGGCAUGUAGCUGAGCUGGCUUGGCCUGGAUGCUGAGCGCGUAGGGCAUUGUGGUGCCAGUGGACGUAGGCUGGGCUUGUGUCUCAGUCUUGGUUUGUCCCGUAUAUCUCCACUGCGUACACGGCACACAGCUGUCUUGGGUGUCCUUGAGUCUUAGUUUGUUCUCUGUACCUGGUCGAGAGUGUACUGUUGUUUGUAGUAGAGCCUUGUGGACACUGGUGUGUCGCUAGCCUGUUGUUCUGGCUGACAAGUCACUGGUUUGUGGUUAGUUUGUUUUCGUUUUUGUUUUUGUUUUUCAAUCUUUUUUUGCUCCAGUCACUGUGUGUGCUGGCAGUGGCUUUGCCUCUCCGUUGCCUCAAAGGAACAGGUGGAGCAAUGUCUCCCUGUGACAGACAUUACUCCUGACGUGUGCUCCUGCAGAUGCCUACACGGAGACUGUGACCUCCAUAACUGCUUCAUGUGCACCAAGCCCCCUUGUGGAAUCCUGCUGAGAGUUUUUCUGGAAGCCUUCAGUGAAAUCAAACUGUUCUGAAUCAUUUAGUCUACCUGACUUACGUAAAACAGAAAGAAACUGAGAGCACUUACUGUUCCCUCCCGUUUGUGGGCCUCUUUAAAACAAACAUUCCAUGUAUGUACAUCUCUGCCUAAAGGGGACCAAGUUGCCCUCAGUCCACAAACAGGAAAGAAAAACUUAAAAAUCACAAUCGUGAAAUACCAAUUUAAGAAGGCUUCUAAACUCAGAGAAUCUAAGCUUUUUGGUUAAAAAAAAAAAAAAAGAAAGAAAAAGAAAAAUCUCAUGGCUCAUCUGGAUUUCGGUUCUGGUUUUGACCAGGGCUCAAGAGUUGAGCCUGUCUUUCUGUCUGAAGUCUUUUCUAGAGGGAUGUCACCACUAUUCAGCUCUCCCUGGUGUGUCAUGGAACAUCUGGUACCCAUACACUUGUUGCGGGCAUAGCCCAGCCGGGCUAACCCAGUAUUAGGUUGAACUAUUGUGGCUUCCUCUUCCUCAGUCUUUUCUCCAGAUGAAAGACUCUCCUAAAGAUUACAGAAGAGCAAGAGCAGUGUCCUUUGGGGAAGUGAGGAUGUGUGGCUAAUGUAUAGAACAUACACAUCCAUCUACCUUGCAGGAUUGAGCCAAAACUGUGCACGCAUUCACCCCAAGAAAACAAACAGCAGGAUUUUACAACUGAAAUGUUGGUUUGUCUUCUCAUCUAUUUAAGAGUGAACCACUGGAACUUGGGGACAAGAUGAGUAUAAUAAUAUUGCAGCCUAUCUGUCCGCUACAGUUGCAGUUUUUCAUGACAAGCAUUCAAAGUGUUAACUAAAACCAUUGAAACAACAUACCUGCCAUUAAAAACUUGAAUCUAGAAGUAAUAACUCCAUGAGUGUUUUUGCACCUCCAGAUGGAAUGGCCUUGAAUAAAUGCUAUGAAUAGCCAUGUUUGCCACUUGCCAUUUGCUGUUCUGUUAGUUCUUAUGUAGAGUCUCACGAUUUUCUCCUUUCUUCUCCUGUCUCUCAAUGGAUUAUUAAAAAUCUGAAUACCUCACAGAUGAUGAACCAGCUGGACCAAU